UGCGCGCCAGUAUCUCUGAAUGUUCACGUGCAAACAUCAAGGAACUUGUACGACGAAUGACAAUCGUUGUGCCUGUACUACCUGUGACGUGUUAAAUGAGAGCCCAGGUUGUCUGAAGACGUAUGUAAAUUUCGAGCUGUUAGAAAAAUGGACUGGUAAAAAAGUGCUGGUGAGGAGUAACAAAUUUGAGAAAGACUAAAGUGAUAAAACAUACGGAAAUUACGGCAAUAGUCGUUUCCGCGUUGCGAAUUUAUUUAUGCGAUACGACGUGAAACGAUUUGCGCAUCCGCGUAGACACAUUCAGACGUAACGUUAUCUUGGAAUUCGAAAAUGUCAAAUAUUUCAGUUGUCAAAAAUUGGUUAGAAAAGUGCUGCGAUAAGUUGAUUCCAGGUCAUUUUUUAAAUAUAAAAUUAAUUAUUGAAAAUUCUUUAUCACGAUGAAAUGAUUAUAUACGUAAAUUUAUUUGGGCGUUGCCGACAAGGAUAUUGCGAUCGAGCCUUGAAGAAUGGACGAAGAGGAAGAAAGAUCUGGCAAUGAUGAGGAACUAGCAGUACACGAGCCAUCGGAGCCAGUAAAAUCAGAAGCAGUAGAGAUAACGAAAAAUACGGUAGAAUUCGCCUCAAAAAAUUCAGCAUCCACCAAGGUAUCGCAACAUUCGAAAAAUGCAAAAGUCAUCGAAAUCAAGAAGUUCGAAGUCCGUGAUAAGGUAAAAGAGGAAAAUGAGAAAAAAUGUGAAACAUCGUCGAGGUCAAGAAGCAGGUGUCGAAAUCGUUCCCGCGAUCCGCGACGUUGCCAGAAGCAUUUUCGCGAAAUGAUAGGAAAGCACGAGUCGCGCAACGACCAAUUAGAAAGACGAGAAAGCGACUUGCGCAAGCGUCUAGAAAUCCUAGAAUGUUCCGUACCAGCCGUGACGGUGUGGAACAUAUGGCGAAUGAGCCAAGGUGCACCGAUCUCCAGCAUACAGCGAGUCAUCGAGAAACAAUUCAAGGGUCCUAUAGAGGAGAGAAAGAUUUUCCCAAGCACCCCGAGUCAGCAUUACGACUGCCGCGUGCGCGAGGUGGAAGCGGAAAGGAAGCAGGCGCAGCGACGAGCGGAGGAAGCGCGAGCGUUGUGGGCCCAGAAGGAGGUGGCGCUGGCGGAUAAAAAGCGGAAGAUCGAGGAGGCGAGAAAGGCCCAGGAGGAUCGUAAGAAGGAAGUGGCGAGGUUGGAGGCGGAAGCGAAGGAGGCGCGAGAGGCGUUGGAGAAGGCAAAGGGGGAUGAGGUGGGGUGCACGGAGGGCGAGUGCGGCGAGAUAAAAUGCCGUGAGAUUUGGCUAAAGAAAAUCGGCAGCGCGACCUCCAUAAGGUCGACCGACCUCGAGUGCCUGAGCAGACUUCAGGAACUCGCCGAGACGGAACUCGAUCUUAAGAGGCAGAUAGAGGAACUUGAGAGACGAGAGUACGCGUACAUGAAGACCCUGGAAGAGGCUGACGUGCUGUGGGCCAAGGUGAAGGGAGACGCCGAGAGCAGUAUCGACAGCCUGCACGAUCAGCUCGAAGCGAAGAUCAUUGCCAAUCAGGAGCUGGCAGGACGCACCUGCCAACUGGAAGAUGAAUUGGAAAGGAUGAGAAAACAAUUGAGCGCCGCUCACAGCGAGAUUAAGAAGUGUAAGGAGGCCCAAGGCCAUGAGGUGGCAAGUGGGCGGGAGGAUGAUUUCGCUGGGACCAUCAACAGAGAUAUCACUGCUGGAACAGAUCAGAUUGAUAAGGACGUAGACACGGGUGAUUUCAUAAAAUCGAUAUCUAAGGAGGUCAAUGUCAAACCUCAACAGAUGGACAAGGAUACACCAGGCGCGAACGAUCUUCUCCAUACGUCAAGUAAAUACGUUAAUGCUGUACCGGAUCAGACUGACAAAUCUACAAUAUCCGAAUCAGACCUCAUCAAAGUCUCCAACAAGAAGGUCACAGUUAGACCAAACCAGGCUGACCAACUCAGCGGACGGGACACGAGUCACGUUACAUCAAGUGACAUCGCGAUACAAAAAGAUGGGGAUCUUUCCCAGCAGGACGGUGUCACGGGACUCGCAGCAGGACGGCUCCGGAUUCGAGCACCAAAGGACAUCGCCAGCGGCAGACCUAACGAUUACGCAAAAGUAGCCGACGCGGGUGGCACUAUUGACCAAGAAGGCAUUGAUAACGCCCAAUUACUAAUCGAAAUGUAUGCGGACGAUUACGGCGCCUGCGCGCCAGACUUCAUAUGCAACGACGUGGUCCUAUCCCCGAUCGGGAUGCCCAUAGAAGAGGACGUCCCCUGUCCUCCAGAUAUUAAAUGCGACGAACCUCCGAAAACCAAGGAAACAAAAUUUACAGAACCAAUCAGACCUCAGCCGACACCAACAGCGGCGACAUCAUCGAAGCGUCCAGAGGUCAUACCGGCAAUCAGUGAACCCGUAGAGGUCAAAAUCGAAGCAGGUACAUCAAGGGUCCAGGAAGAUGGUCCAGCGAAGGAUUUGACCGAAGAAUCGAAACCUGUUAAGGAUGAAGUUAAGGAUGAAGUUAACGAUGAAGUAACGGAUGAAGUUCUGCUCAAUAUGGAAUAUCUCGAUGUACCCGUCGAGAGUACCGGAAGUACUGACACCUCAAAAGCGGGGUUGACGGACGUGCCGAGGGGUGAGGUCGUUUUGACUCGGGACGGCUUGAAAUCCUCGCACGACGGGACCCCCAGGAAAAAAGAUGUAACAUCGAUUUCAAAAAGGGACAGUGACGAUACCGAGAUUGAACGCGACACGGUAAAACGGGUAGAUAUUACGGAGGAAGGAUUUUCAGGUGAAACCGUAGCAGAGCCAACGGCCAGACCGGUCGUUGAUCUUCCGGAAGUCCAAGAGGCGGUUACGUCGGAUGGAGUAAUAAAAAACAUAAAAUCUCAAGUGGAAAGCGCUGCUGCACUUUUGCCAAUACCCGAAACCACCACGACUCCUAUGACCCCAGUUACGACCCCAGAACCUGAAUUUCCGUCGGACGUAGUCUCUGAAACCCCAUUCGAAGAGGCGGUCGAUACACCCGUAGAGCUCGAAAGGGAAGAUGCCGGGGAUGGUACGACGAACGUUUUGGACCAAGACACGGAUGAGGUAGUACCAAGGGAUACCAUUGAAAUUGAGAAAAAAGCGGAAACAGGAAGUGCAGCAUCCUUGCCAGAAACAAAAUUCCAAAAGGAGGUCGUAAAAGACGCGGAACCAAGUACGGGGGAGGAGCUGAUAACCCAGGACGAGGGCUCGGGCAGACCUUACAACGAGAUAAAAGAAGAGCGAUUGAGUCAGCAGGCGGAUACUAUCGGGGAAGACAAAUCGAGUAAUGCUAAGCUGGUAGUGACGACGGGGUCCGAAAGAGCCCUAACUCCUGCGGAGGAAAUUAAAUCUGAGAUCUUCGAAAGCGUCGAGAAAUCAUCGACGAUUGAAGUUGAGAAAAAAGGCGAAGAGGCAGCAGCUGAACUUGAAAGGAUGGAAGAGGCCGUGCCUACGGAGCCCGAAAAAAGUGGUCCAGCCAAGGCGGAUGAUAUUGAAGAGAAGAAGAUAGUCGAGGGAGGAAUCGAUAUGGAGGAAGACAAAGAAGCAAGCGAAGUAGCGAAAAUUGAUAAAGCGCCCAGUCUCUCGCGGGAAAUUGAGAAAGUGGAAGCAUCGAAGGUGACAGUCGAAGUCGAACCGUUCGAAGUCAAAGAGGAAGAGCCGAUAGUGACCGCGGAUGAGGCUGUACCCAAGAUUGAAGUAAAAGAAGAGUCCGAGCCUACAGACCUGAUCGAUGAAAUCAAAGAGAGGAAGCCAUCGUUAGCCAAGACUAAGGUCGUCUACGGGGAGAGGAAGAAGAUACCGACUCCUACUGUAUCAUCCCCAAAGGGUCCCUGUAUCUGCAAGCCACGAACGUGUCCUCUGGAGGCAUCCCGAUCGGUAAAACAGAGUCCCGAUAAGCCACGCCACAUAUACCUGACGGUGCAGCAACGUCAACCGCGAAUUUCCAAAAUUUGCCAAUUUUUCGGCGAAUCGACGAUCCGAGAUCGAAAGGAUGCCAGUCCAGGUUCGCGCGUACGGAAACUACGUUGUCGCGGAAGCUUAAGGAACCAGUCAACGGUGACGACGUCGAGCGUCGUCACCCAGACGGACUCCUCGUGCAUACGUAAUCGCAAAGCCAGAGAGACCGAAAGGGACAAAGCUCGUGUGUCUUCUGGCUUGUAUCCAGAGACGCCGGGUUCGCCAACCCAUAAUAAGGGUGGAAAUGCUAUAGUAACUACAACAAUAUUCGCACCUACUUGCAAAUUUAUUCCACGCGGCAGCUCGAACGGUAAGGAUCAAGUUUCUUGUUCCUCCUGUGGAAAAUCGAUAACGCAAAGGACAUCAGUCUCCGUAAAGAUGAUUCCCAGUGUGACCAAUAAGAUUUCGAAGUCUCUGUGUUGCGAAUGUGACGCUCGGGCGACCGAAGAGGAAAGUGAAAUGGGAAGCAUCCUCGUGAACGAGAUAGAAAAAAUGUCCAAAGAGCCGGAAGACGCGUCCUAUGAAAAGGAAGUUUGCUGCGGCUGUUCGAUAAACGUCCAAGAUAAAUACGAAUCACGUGCGAAGCGAAAACGAAAGCCAGAGACCAAGGAUUACGGUUGCCUUGUAAAAAUACCAAGAGCCAAAGCAAACGCGAAAAUACAAAAAAAGGACAUCGAUCUCGAGAUUACGAGGUCGAGGAAGAGCGAAAAAUUAAGGCCGAACUCAAGCUGCGGUUGCAAUGAAAAAUCCGCGGACCUCGAUUCACUUUGAAAAGCGUAAAUACACGUGAUGGAAGAUACGAUAACGUUGGCAACGGCACUUGCGACUUCAAUGAAUCCAGCUAAGGAAAUACUUGUCCGGUAAAAGCCAAUCCGACUGAUCGACUGGAGAGCGGCGUGUCUCGACUUCUCGUAAUCCAUCAAGCACAGUGACCGAAAUCAAUACUCUUGUGGCACCCGAUUGCACGCAGUUCGUUCUGUUACUCCCUGCUGACCACAGAUACAGACGCUCCCCUGUACGUUUCAAGUGUACAUAUACCAAACUUUUUCCAACCCACUCCAGAUCCAUUCGAAAAAUAUAAUGUAUAAUGACGUAUCAAUAACAUAUGUACCAAUACCUUAAAAAAAAAAGAUUAUCAAUCUUUCU